AUGGUCACCGAGUGUCGACUCGUGAUGUUCCAGUUGGUGGACCUACACGGGGGUGGUGGCCUGCACCAUGGUGCAGCGCUUCUGGCGCUCGGCGGUGGUGGGCAUGGCUUCCCCCUGGGCCAGCCGGAGCUGGUGGAGUUGGGCCCCGUCGGGGAGCCGUCCGUCCAGAUCAUCGAGGCAGACGUGCCGCCGCCCAAGACCAUCCGCGUCACCAAGACGGUCGCUGUGGGAGUCCCGGUGCCGUACCCGGUCCGGAGCUACGGGCCCAGCGGAGGUGGCAUAGCUGCCAGUGCGAGUGGCUUGUCCGCUGUCAACGGGGGCAGCUACGGUUCCAGCGGGGGCGGCUACAGUGCGGGCGGUGGUGACUACGGUGGAGGCAUCGGCGGAGGUGGUGGCCUGGAUGCAGCAGCUGCACUGGCAGCAGCGGGAAUCGGCCACAACGCAGGUGUAGGGCUGGCAGAGGCCCACCCGCACGACCUGGGAGCUGCCGCAUCCGGGGGCAACUCUGAGGAGAUCUCACGCAGCGCCACUGCCAUUGUCGGCGAGGAGACCAUCCAGAGGGCGAUUGACGCUGCAGAGGCCAUCGAGCAGGGCAACAAGGUCCCUGACCACUAG